AUGAACUCUCGAGAUUUUGCUCUCGUAUCAACAUCUGCAGUUGUUGGUGCUUUGAUUUCAGCUAUAGCAUUUCGCUUCUUCUCAUCAAACCCUAAAUCCCGAAGAGUUACUUCCACCGAAAUCGCCGCAAUUUCUAGCAGAUUCCCGGGUUUAGAUCCUUUCAGUCCUUUGAAGCGAAAUGGGUACUUAUCGUGGGAUGAUUAUUUCAUGGCGAUUGCAUUCUUAUCAGCGGAAAGAUCAAAGGAUCCUAACAGGCAGGUUGGUGCGUGUUUGGUGAGCCAAAAUGGUGUAAUUCUUGGGAUUGGCUAUAAUGGUUUUCCAAGAGGUUGCUCGGAUGACAAACUUCCUUGGGCCAAGAAAUCGAGAUCUGGAGACCCAUUGGAGACAAAGUAUCCAUAUGUCUGUCACGCUGAAGUCAAUGCCAUACUAAACACUAACCACGCAUCUGCAGCUGGACAGAAGCUUUAUGUGACCAUGUUCCCUUGCAACGAAUGUGCCAAGAUUAUCAUACAGUCUGGUGUCUCUGAGGUCAUCUACUUUGUGGAGAAGAGACUAAAGGACUCAAAUGUUGCCUACGUAGCUUCUCACAAGCUCUUAUCCAUGGCCAACAUCAAAGUUAGGAAACAUCAACCGGAGAUGGAUCAGAUCUUGAUCAAGUUCGAAGAACACUUGCUCUGA